CGGCGGACUGAGCAGAUCCUGAACCAAGCCCUCGGCACCAUGAACCCUGCCCUCAGUAUCGCUCUCCUGCUGACAGGCUUGCAGGUGGCCGGUGGCCAGAAGGUGACCAGCCUCACGGCCUGCCUGGAGGACCAGAGCCUGCGCCUGGACUGCCGCCACGAAAACACCACGACCGUGCCCAUGCAGUUCGAGUUCAGCCUGACCCGCGACGCCAAGAAGCACGUGCUGUUCGGCACCAUCCCUGAGCACAGGUACCGCUCCCGCACCAAUCUGACCUACCGGAGCACCCUCAAGGUCCUCUACCUGUCCGGCUUCUCCUCCAGGGACGAGGGGCUGUACACCUGCGACCUGUACCUUCCCGGCCAGCCCCCCAGCUUCUCCAACAGGAACGUCUCUGUGCUCAGAGACAAGCUGGUCAAGUGCAGGGGCGUCAGCCUGCUGGCCCAGGACGCCUCAUGGCUGCUGCUGCUGCUGCUGCUGCUCUCCCUGCCUCUCCUGCAGGCCAUGGAUUUCGUCUCCCUGUGACCUGUGGCCUGUCCAGACAGCUUCCUCCUCGGGUCAGCUGACCCCUCCCCCAAUCCCUUACAUGCCUGGGGGAAAUGGGGACCCCACCCUCAUAAGGAGUCCCGCGCUGCAUGCCA